AUGGUGGGUGUUCCAGACCAUGAAACCUGGUAUGCCAAGCUGGAAAAACUAAAGGAGUUCCAGAAGAAGCACGGACACACCAAUGUGCAUAAUCAAGAUCGUGAGCUGAAAGUUUGGGUCAGUUCGCAGCGAGUGCGGUACCGAAGGAGGCAAAUGCCGCAGGAGAGACAAGAUGCCCUCAACGCGAUUGGAUUUACGUGGGAUGCGUUGGAAGAAAAGUGGAAGGCCAACUACAUGUUAUUGAGAGAAUUCCAGGAACGACACGGUCACUGCUGUGUGACGUUUUCCAAAGGUCUGGGCAAGUGGUGUGUGCUGCAGCGGGAAAUGUACAACAAAGGAAGGCUACGCGACGACAGGUUUUGCCUAUUGGAUCAGCUUGGAUUUCAAUGGGAUACUCCCUCGGUCAACAAGAAGAAGCCUGAUGUUUGGUAUGUCAAGUUGGAGCAGCUCAAAGAGUACGGGAGACAGAAUGGAAACUUUUUGGUUCCAUCUCGUCACCCAGAACUUGGAAGAUGGGUCUUCAAGCAGAAAUCCCAGUACAAAAUAGGCAAUUUGUCGCAAGAGAGACAGGACGCCCUCAAUGCCAUUGGAUUCACGUGGAAUGUUCUGACAGAAAAGUGGGAAUCCAUGUAUUCUUUGUUGAAAGAUUUCCAGGAGAAACAUGGACACUGUCUGGUGUCAACAAAACAGAACACCAAGCUGGCUAGAUGGGUCCAAUCUCAACGAGAUAGACUCGUAGAAGGCAAGGUCAGCGAGGAACGAGUGCAAAAGCUACGAAGACUUGGAUUCGUUUGGGAUGGAACUGCCGUCGACUAUGCAUAUGUGUCUUGUGAUCCCCAAGACGUGGCACCUUCUUCGAAAAGAAGCACACGAUCGUCGUCUCGAAGAAGGGUUACCCGAGCGACGAAGAAAGCCAGAACAGCACGUUUCGCUGCGGAAGACUCUGAGGAGGAAGACUGGGACAAAGACGACGAGGAGGAAGAUAGUGACGAAGAUGACGACGACGAGGAAGAUUGGGAUGAAGCCGACGAGGUUAUCCCUCCACGAAAGCUUCGUCGUAUCAGUACCAGAAAACGCAAAGCACGAGCAUAG